AUGACGAUCCUUGUUGGAAAGCCCCUGGACUGGGCCAUCACAGCAACUGCUGGCUCAGGCUUCCUCCUCUUCGGUUAUGAUCAGGGUGUUAUGUCAGGUCUCCUAACAGGAACUGCUUUCACCAAUACCUUUCCUGAAAUCGACACUACAAGUGGCGGCAAUGGAAGUUCCUCUCUGCAGGGUACCGUGGUUGCCAUCUACGAGAUUGGAUGUUUCUUCGGUGCCAUCUUCUGUCUUGUAUUCGGUGAAUACUUCGGACGUCGAAAGUGUAUCAUGAUGGGAUGUGUCGUUCUCAGCAUCGGAGCUGCUCUCCAGGCUUCUGCUUUCGGAAUUCCUCAAAUGAUCGUUGGUCGUAUUGUUGCAGGUUUAGGAAACGGCAUGAACACCAGUACUAUUCCUGUUUGGCACUCUGAACUUAUGAAAGCCAACAAUCGUGGAAAAGGUCUUGCCAUUGAACUCGCCAUCAACAUCUUUGGUGUGAUGCUCUCAUACUGGGUCGACUACGGCAUGUCCUUCGUCAGCAACGACGCCCAAUUCCGCUUCCCGCUCGCUUUCCAGAUCUUCUUCGCCAUCUUGACUUUCAUCGGUAUCAUCCUCUUGCCCGAGUCACCCCGUUGGCUCAUCAACCACGACCACCACGACGAGGCCCGCGAAGUACUCUGGGCUGUGCGACAGGACGCCAAGUCGAUUUCCAAGGAGGACGAGUCUGUUAGCCGUGCUAUUGCUGAGAUUCAGUAUGCUAUUAACGAGGAGCGCGCGGCUGCCCAGACGAGUAGUUUCAAGGCUAUGUGGAAGAACGGAGAGCAGAAGUUCUUGUACCGAACGAUGCUGGGUAUUGGCGGACAGUUCAUGCAGCAGCUUUCUGGUAUCAACCUGAUCACCUACUACGCCCCUGUCAUCUUCCAAGAAUCCGUCGGUAUUUCGCACAACCUGAGUCUGCUUCUGGCCGGUUUCAACGGCGUCGCAUACUUCUUCUCUUCCCUGAUUCCUAUCUGGAUCAUUGACCGUCUCGGUCGCCGCAAGUUGAUGAUGUUCGCCGCAGCCGGACAGGCAGUUUGCAUGGCUGUCCUAGCAGGAACUGUAUCAACUGGUCAGCCAGGCCCUGGAAUUGUUGCAAUUGUCAUGCUGUUCCUUUUCAACUUCUUCUUCGCUGUCGGAUUACUCGCUAUCCCCUGGCUGCUGCCUGCCGAAUACGCCCCCUUGGCUAUCCGAACCCGCGCCGCUGCCCUCGCCACAGCCUCCAACUGGAUCUUCACCUUCCUUGUCGUCGAAAUCACACCCGUAUCCAUCUCGAGCAUCGGCUGGAAGACUUACGUCUACUUCUGUAUCUUCAACGCAUUCUUCGUUCCUCUCAUCUACUUCUUCUACCCCGAGACCCGACUUCUGUCCCUCGAGCAGAUCGACAAGCUAUUUACUGGUCCAAAGGUGCUACUUCACUGGGAUCACAGCAUGGGUGUUCCUGGAGAAGCAUCUGAGAAGAGCUCGGGUAGUGAGACAGGCAAGGUUGCGCAUGACGAGAAGUCUGAGGCGGAGGUACAUAUGCGUGAGUAG